CACGCCCUGUAGCAGACAGAAGGCGGGCAGACACAGGCAGAGACAGCGCAGACGUGACCCUCACAGACGGACACAGGCACCCCCCCCCAUUGCGGCGACUCUUGGAUACAACGGCACACACUGCAAUACGAGCGAACAUGUCUGACAAGCCCGACCUGACGGAAAUCGAAAGCUUUGACAAGUCCAAGCUGAAAAAGACCGAGACCCAAGAGAAGAACCCCUUGCCGACCAAGGAAACCAUUGAACAGGAGAGGAAAGGAGAGGCGUCACCUUGACCAAAGGAAGAGUCUUUACAAGAUGUCUUAACUGUCACUCAAACCAUCCCCCCUUCUUGUGAGGUGGAAAAACAAAUACGAAAAACAAAUGGGGGAAGAGAGUGACCCUUUCAUAAGCACAUGGACUGUUUCUGCUCCAUAAAGUGGAAAAAGGUACAGACUGGGGGAGCGUAACGUACCUUUUUCCUCUAUGUCA